AUGGAAGAAUCUGAGAAGGACGAGCGCCGCGUAAAUGACUAUAGCUCGGACAGUGCUAGCCAGAUGCAUCGGGCUGAUUCUUACUCAUCCUUUGACACAUCUUCGAGCGACGAUGGUGUUGAACGCAUGUCUCGAACGCAGACGGCGCAAACCCAACCUGGUUAUGGUUUAGAGCGCCACCCUACAGCCCUCAGUCGCAUCGCAACCCAGCGAAGUCAGCACAGCGCAACAGUUGGAGCGCUCAGGACGCGGUCCUCUAGGAGACCUCUUCCUGAGUUUGGGGCAGGCAAGCCAUAUCCGCCUCCACUUCCAGAGAAGGAAGAGUAUGUAGUGGAAUUUGCCGGGCCGGACGACCCUCUACAUCCGCAGAACUGGCCGACCAGAAAGAAAUUGCUUGUCUCGGCUCUACUCGCCUUUACAACUUUUAAUUCCACAUUCACGAGUAGUAUCUUCUCUUCCGCCAAUUCUGUGGUAUCCGCAAAGUUCAACGUCUCCACCGAGGUAGGCACUCUGGGCAUGUCAUUAUACGUUCUUGGGUUUGCAUUCGGUCCUACACUUUUUUCGCCACUGUCAGAGCUGUUCGGCCGGAGAUUACCCAUCCUUAUUGGUGUUUUCGGGUUUACGAUCUUUCAAUUCGGUGUUGCUACGGCCGAGAAUCUUCAAACCGUCAUUAUCUGCCGUUUCUUUGGAGGAUUCUUUGGGGCAUGUCCUAUUGCUGUUGUGGCGGCUGUGUUCUCAGACCUUUACGAUAAUCGUCACCGUGGUCUUGCCAUCACUAUCUUUACCAUGAUGGUCUUUACGGGUCCGCUGUUUGCUCCGUUCAUUGGGGGUUUCAUUGUGGAUAGCUACCUGGGCUGGCGAUGGACAGAAUAUCUUACAGGAAUCCUUGGAGCUGCCGCAUUUGUGUUGGAUGUUUUCUUUGUGCACGAGACAUAUCCGCCUGUGGUACUCAUCAAAAAGGCCGAAGAGCUGCGCCGGAGAACCAAGAACUGGGGCAUUCACGCGAAACAAGAGGAGGUCGAGAUUGAUUUAGGUGAGCUUAUCGCAAAGAACUUUAGCCGACCUGUGCGAAUUUUGUUUAGCGAACCAGUUUUGCUCCUACUGAGCAUCUACAUGGCGUUCCUAUACGGGUUGCUCUACCUUUUUAUGACAGCAUAUCCCAUUGUCUUCCAGCAUAUCCACGGAUUUAACAAGGGCGUUGGCGGGCUGCCAUAUUUCGGUCUUAUAAUCGGCGAGUUUUUCGGAGGGCUUUCCAUCAUCGCAAUGCAACCCUGGUAUAACAAGAAGCUGAGUGCAAAUGGCGAUAUCCCGGUCCCGGAGUGGAGAUUACCUCCAGCUAUAAUUGGCGGCGCGGCAUUUGCAGCAGGUCUGUUCUGGUUUGGCUGGACUGGUUACACUGACAGUAUACACUGGAUCGUGCCUACGGUAUCAGGUCUUCUUACUGGGUUUGGACUGCUAUGCAUCUUCCUCCAGUGUCUUAACUAUAUAAUCGACACGUAUCUUGUCUUCGCCGCGUCCGCCUUGGCUGCAAACAGCAUCCUCCGUUCCAUGGCUGGUGCAGGAUUUCCUCUUUUCGCUCCUUACAUGUUCAACGCCAUAGGUGUCAACUGGACGGGAACUCUCCUCGGCUGCGUCGCUGCCGUCCUCAUGCCCAUUCCGCUCCUAUUUUACGUCUACGGCCACAAGAUCCGCUCAAAGAGCAAGUUCGCCGCCGAAUACACUACCGUCGUCAAGGCCAGUGCCGCCGAGGAAUAA